UAGACUUUUGCGUGUGCAACAGUUGAAAGGAAUGAAAAUGUUUUGGCUGCACGGACGCCGCUGUGUUUUAUUUGUGAAUUUAUGUAAAUGCAUUGAAUUUACCCGGAAAGUCUAGUUGAAGAAUACAUUCCAGAAAACCUCGAUUCAAGUUUGUUUAUAAAAAUUUUGGUCAGAUUUUUUGUGGGAUGGUGCCUUUUCAUCUUUCUUGGUUUUGCGCGUCUAUUGUGCAAAGAAGCAGUUUAAAGAACAAGAAAUGUGUAGUUUACUGGGCGUCGCAUUAAAUACUUCGAAAAAUAAUCACAGAAGACUUUAUUUAGUUCUCAUUCAGGAGUGUUUUUGGCCAGAAAAACGUUAAUUUCUUGUUUAUUGAGGGCUGAAAGAGGAAUCUUGCUGCCAGAAAAUGUGUAUUUACGUUCAAAUCAGACACGAAAAGACAGUUUUGCUGCGAGAGAACUUUAUUUCGCGUCCAUUCUGUCUGUAAACGUGAAAGAAUGCCCAUUUAGGGCUUAAAGGCGAAUCUUGCGGUUCUUAAACGUGAAUAUCUGUACAUUUCAUCACAGAACUGGCAUUUUUGCUGUCAGAAAACUUGAAUUUAUACUAAGUUCUGUCAAUCUCAGCGAGAAAAAAGGUGAAUGAAGGUUUUGUGUCCGAACGUUCUGGAAGGGUUUCAUUAAAGAGAGGCACCGGCCUUCUGGAUCUUUUUGCCCUUCUCAUUCGACCAAUUCGAUUGUGAAAAUGCUCAAACAUCCUUGUGAUUGUUGAGCCGUGUGAAAUUUUUUCGAAGCUAUGGUGGAAGAAAAGGUCGAAGAUUCCAAGACCACUGAAGAAUGGCUAAAGCAAGCGGAAGAGUUGGUUCCUUUAGCUGCUACUAAAAUAGAGUCAGUUAAAUCUUUUAGAGGAAAAUGGAAAAACAUCUCUGCCAAAAUAGAUCAGCUUCCUUCCAAGCUUUCGGACCUGGCAAGCCAUCCGUGCUUCACUAAAAAUUCUCUUUGCAAGGAACAACUACAGGCAGUUGUGGUUAGCUUACAGGAAACGAUAAAAUUAGCUGCAGAUUGUACCGAGGAUAAGUAUGGCGGAAAGUUGCAAAUGCAGAGCAAUUUGGAUGCACUGGCAGCAAAACUGGAUCUUAAUCUUCAUGACUGUGGUCUGCUGGUAAAAACAGGGGUUUUAGGCGAGGCAACUCUGGCACUAACGGUUACAAGGUCUGCUUCAGGGGCAAAGCGUGAAGCAAUAAGAUGGAAUAUAAGGGAACUGCUAGCCCGGCUCCAGAUUGGUCACAUGGAGUCCAAACACAAGGCAUUAGAUAGCCUGGUGGAGAUGAUCAAUGAAGAUGAGAAGAACAUCCUGGCUGUGGCAGGUCGCAGCAAUGUGUGUGCUCUGGUACAGUUACUAAGUGCUAGUUCGCCUCGUAUUCGGGAAAAAUCUGCCAUGGUCAUAUGCUGCCUUGCAGAGGCUGAAAAUUGCGAGCAGCUGCUUGUCUCAGAAGGGGUCCUCCCCCCCCUGAUACGAUUACUUGAGUCUGGCAGCCCCUUGGCAAAAGAAAAGGCGACUUUGUCUCUUAAAUGCUUAACAGUGUCAGCAGAAACAGCAAGGUCUGUUGUGGGUCAUGGUGGUAUUCCUGCAUUGAUUGAAAUCUGUCAACUGGGUUCUACUUCAGCUGUUACUCAGACGGCAGCAGCUGGGGCUUUGAGGAAUUUAUCUGCUGUACCAGAGGUAAGACAGUGUCUGGCAGAAGAAGGCAUUAUUUCUGUCAUGAUAAAUCUUCUGGACUCUGGCGCCAGCAGCCUAUCAAAAGAAUAUGCAGCAGACUGUCUACAAUACCUGACUUCAGGAAAUGAGUCCCUUCGCCGGACAGUGGUUUCUGAAGGUGGUAUUCAGCAUCUUCUAAAAUAUCUCGACAGUUCGCAACCACAAGAAGCUGCGGUUGGGGCCUUACGAAACCUGACAGCAUCAGUUAAUGCUGAGGCCCUAAUUACUCUUGGGCUCCUUCCCCGUCUUGUUAAAGUCCUCCGAGGUGGUUCCUUGAUCGCCCAGCAAGCUGCAGCAUCAACAAUCUGUCGGAUUUCUACAUCAACUGAUGUGAGAAAAUUAGUGGGGGAGUCUGGAUGUAUUCCUUCACUGGUUAACAUGCUGGAGGCCAAAGCAAACAUUGCACAGGAAUUGGCAGCCCAGGCUUUGGCAAGUCUGCUACAGGUCCCCCAAAAUUGCCGGGAGAUUCGCAAGGAAGAGAAGAGCAUACCCAGUUUAGUGCAACUGUUAGAUCCCAUCAAUCAAAAUACUGCCAAAAAGUAUGCUAUCCAAGCACUAUCCGCACUAGCCACAAGCAAGAAAUGCAAGAAGCUGAUGAUUUCCUGUGGAGCUCGGGCUUAUCUGAAGAAGUUGGCAGAGCUGGAGGUUUUAGGGGCAAAGAAAUUGUUAGAACGGCUUGAGAAAAGUAAAUUUAGGGGACUUCUCUUUGGUAGAAAGUAAGUAAAGGGAUUUGUUUUGCUGUGCUCUUUUGCAUGAAAUUAUUGGCUUAACUUAUACUCCAACGAAAUCCAUCUUCAGUGUGUAUAGCUUUCAUUCAUGCAGUGAAAGCUAUGUUUUCUUGAGCAUUGUAACAGUGAUCGAACAGGUGGCCAUAUAUGUAAUGUAGUUUUUGAUCAAAGUGCACGGCUUGUGCAGCAAUAUAUUUGCAGGGUCUGCUCGUGUUACACAUAAUCUUUCUCUCUUUUCCAGAACUAUAGGGUUUAAGAUAUUCGUGUAUAUAGAUGUAGACAAAAUUGUCUAUGUUGACAUUGUUGACAUUUGGUCUAAAAGAUGUGUAAAAACCUAGGUUUUCAUGAUAAAUAUUUUGGAGGGUUAGCAGUUUUUGAAAA